GCUGCACUGGUGGGCACAGGUGGGGGGCACUGGUGGGCACAGGUGAGUGGGCACAGGUGGGCACAGGUAGGUGGCACUUCUGGGCACAGGUAUAUGGCACUGCAGGGUGGCACAGGUGGGUGCACUGCUGGGCACAGGAGGGUGCACUGCUGGGCACAGGUGGGCGAAACUGGGGGGUGGUACUGCUGGGCACUGUUGGGCACUGAUCAUCAGUGCCCUGAACUGUUGGUUCUUGACAGUACUUUCCUCACGCUCUGACAGUGUGAGGAAAGUGCAGCCGAGAACCGGCAAUUGCAUUUCCCUGUGAUCAGCAUGUCAUUGGACACGGCUGAUUACGUGGUAAAAGGCCA